UCACUGCUGAGAUACAUGUAUGUGUUGGCUCCCACAGACUCAGUAUGGCAGGAAUGCGGAGACGCAAAGGAGGAGCUCUACCGCCAGAGGGUAUUCCAGCAGAAUGAGCAGCUCAUGAAAGACUUCAACAAGAAGUUUGAGAAUGGCGAGGUCACCUUCAAGGUGGCCAUGAACCAGUUUGGUGACAUGACCAAUGAAGAGUUCAACGCUGUGAUGAAGGGAUACAAGAAGGGGUCUCGUGGUGAACCCAAGGCCGUGUUCACCGCAGAAGGCCGAUCAAUGGCGGCUGAUGUUGACUGGCGCACCAAGGGUGCCGUCACCCCUGUCAAGGACCAGGAACAAUGUGGCUCUUGCUGGGCUUUCUCUGCAACCGGCGCUCUGGAGGGUCAGCACUUCCUCAAGAACGACGAGUUGGUGAGUCUCUCUGAGCAACAACUGAACUGCUCCACCGAUUACGGUAACGAUGGAUGUGGUGGUGGAUGGAUGACUUCGGCUUUCGACUACAUCAAGGACAAUGGUGGUAUCGACACAGAGUCUUCCUAUCCUUAUGAAGCUGAGGAUCGUUCUUGCCGCUUCGAUGCAAACAGUAUUGGUGCCAUCUGCACUGGCUCCGUGGAAGUCGAACACACCGAGGAGGCCCUACAAGAGGCUGUCAGUGGUGUUGGCCCCAUCUCCGUGGCCAUCGAUGCCUCCCACUUCUCCUUCCAGUUCUACAGCAGUGGUGUCUACUACGAGCAGAAUUGUUCCCCGACCUUCCUGGACCACGGAGUGCUGGCAGUGGGUUAUGGCACUGAGAGCACUAAAGACUACUGGCUUGUCAAGAACUCUUGGGGCAGCAGCUGGGGUGAUGCUGGAUACAUCAAGAUGUCUCGUAACAGGGACAACAACUGUGGUAUUGCCAGUGAACCUUCCUACCCAACAGUGUAGAGGCCAGGGUGUACCAGACUAUCACAUCAGGGUGAGAGGUGGCUGCUGCUGCUCCCCGACAUGAGAGACUUACCAUGAACUCUGUGAUGUGAUCACCUUCAUAUGUGCAGCUCUCAGUGUUUCUCCCUUGGAGGUCUACUGUUAAAAGCUUAGGAAAUAAAGUCAUGAUAUUUA